AUGCCUCUGACCAAGAACGAACAGAACCAAAUCUACACCCUUCUGAGCGAACAGGAGAAAUGGGUCGUUGACCGCAGCCUCGAGCACGCGAGGACGGGUGACUACAUUGAGGCCAUGAUGAGCUUUGUUUCUGACUUUCGGAAGAUAGGUAUCGACGUUACACCCUUAAUGUUUGGUAUUUUAUCGGUGCAUGCGGGGUCCUAUGAGGUCUUCCGGGAGGGUAUUCUUGGUUUCUUCCAUCACAAGAUUUUGCGUGAGUGA